CGCCCCCACCGCCUCUUCCGUGUGGACCCUCCCCGUCCCCUUUCUGUCACCUCACAGUAGUCGUUGCCGGUAGCCGGUGCCGGGUCGCCUGCCGCGUGGGGCGGCCGCUUCCCCGUCCCUCAGGCCGAGCCGGGCUCGGUUCCCCCCUCCCCUGCUCCCUCCUCUCCCCACCCCGUCUGGUGCUGGUUGGUCCUCGCCGCUGCCGGGUGCCCCAGGGCCUUGGUGGCCGCCGCCACGGGUCCCCAUGGAGCCGCCCAACCUCUACCCGGUGAAACUCUACGUGUACGACCUGUCCAAGGGCCUGGCCCGGCGGCUCAGCCCCAUCAUGCUGGGGAAACAACUGGAAGGCAUCUGGCACACCUCCAUAGUUGUGCACAAGGAUGAGUUCUUCUUUGGCAGUGGUGGCAUCUCCAGCUGUCCCCCGGGAGGAACACUGCUUGGACCCCCAGACUCUGUGGUUGAUGUGGGGAGCACAGAAGUCACAGAAGAAAUCUUUCUGGAGUACCUCUCCUCCCUGGGGGAGUCUCUGUUCCGAGGUGAAGCCUACAACCUAUUUGAACACAACUGUAACACCUUCAGCAAUGAAGUGGCUCAGUUCCUGACUGGGCGGAAGAUCCCGUCUUACAUCACCGACCUGCCCUCCGAAGUUCUCUCCACGCCCUUCGGACAGGCCCUUCGGCCCCUCCUGGACUCCAUCCAGAUCCAGCCUCCUGGAGGGAGCACCGUGGGCAGACCCAAUGGCCAGAGCUAACAGGACGGCACCAACCCACCUGCCUCUCCAUCAGGGCUUUUCCUUUUUAAACAAAACAAACCCUACCAGAUUUCUAUUUUAUAAUUUUACAUCAGAGCUAACAACCAGGGACGGCUUUUUAAAUUUCCCAGGGAAGGAGCUCGUCAGGCUGCAUGUAGGACAAUGCUGCUAAGAAACGAAACAAAAUGCCAUCCCUUCUAAUAGUAUUAUACUAAUUUAUUAAGGCUGUCUUGUCUGUGAGUUCACUUUUGACGCUGUUUCCUAAGCGUCCUCCAUUGGAGAAAGGGAGGGGGGUUUGUUUAAGCAGAAAGCAAGAGGCACCAUUUGGAGAAGCCCCAACCUAGAAGCUCUUCGCAGGGAACACCCACGCUCUGCCCGUUUUACCCCACCUGUGGGACCCAGGUGAGCCGUACAGCACCCAGGACCUGGAAGCCGUUACUUUCUAGUAUUCACUGAACCAAAGGAUUUGGUGCACGCGGGACCAGUUAUAGGCUGACUAACCCCAACCUAAGUGAACUCCUUAGCCACACCUAUCUCAUCUUCCCCCCAAUUUCACAAGCGAGACCCUGGGGCCAGGGCUGGAGCAGCUGAGCCUCAGGACCCACAGAGAGGGAUGCCAAGGAUCGGGCCAGAGAAACCAGGAUAAAGCCAUCCAUCCCUCUUUCUACUGAGACUGAUUGCCAAUCCUUCACCAUUAUGUUGGGAAAACCCACCUUGCUUCGUGCCCAUGAGGCUGCUCUUCCUCCGUGCGGCUGGCCUGUCACAGGCGGUGAAGGUCCCGGCUGGAGUGGCGCAGACCAGGCCUCCUGUCCACAA